UGCCUCUCCGACCCUCGAUCGACGACACCAACACGACGCUGAUCGACUACCAAGGAGAAUGGGAACUCGUCAUUGGGUCAACGAGGCAGUGGGAGGGUACUGUGCAUACGACAGGACAGGUGGGGGCAACUGCCACGUUUAGCUUCCGCGGCUAUCAACUCUGGAUAUGGGGAACCAUUCCUCCGGGCGAUGGGACCAACAUUAUCGAUAUCUCAGUGGACGGAGGUUCACCGAACACCACCAGCCGGACGUCCAAUGUUUCUGCUUCCUACAAUGAGCUCUACUACGAGUCACCCCUUCUCCCAGAAACUUAUCAUACCGUCGUGGUGACCAAUCGUGGGUCGGAGGCCAACGGUAACACCCUGUUCCUUCUCGACAGAUUCGAGUUCGAAACGUCGGAUGAAUUCCCCUCCUUUUCUGCGCCUGGAGUAAGCGCCUCUUCUACGCCAAUGUCCACGCCUACAACAUCACCCGAUGGGAAUGGAAGCGAUAACUCAACGUCGGAAGUUUCGGAGACACCAGUGGGUGCCAUAGUUGGAGGGGUGCUUGGCGGUCUGGCACUGGUUGUUUGUGCCCUUGGAUAUUUAUUGUGGAGAAGGAGGAGGAAACGAAGGAGGGCGUCUGAAGGGGAGAGAUCGGACCAAUGAUCCUCGGCACACCGCACUCACCUCACAGCUCCAACCCCAUUUCCUAAAGAGCCUCCCAGCUCUCAGUCAUCCGACGCACCUGUCUCUCGUGAAAUCCAACAUCAGGCGUCUUCGAAUCAAAUAUCAGAGAAAACUGUCUAUCAAAGUCUCCAUAACACCGAGUCAAUGCAGCCGUCGAACCCGGCUGCGAUGACAUCUUCGACAACUCUCGAUACUACGACAUCUUCCCGCCCCAUUGCAUCGUUCUCGCAGACGGACAGGACCUCUACGUCACCCUUAAACGAAGCUCAUGUCGGCGCGUCACUAGCUUCAGAAAUAGCGGACGCCUACAACUUGAACCAUCCCCCGCCGUCUUAUUCGCAGGCCAGCCAAAAUACCACCACAGUUGGAAGUGCGUCCUGAU